AGGAGGGGGGGCCGGGGUUCGGGUGUUUCCGCUCGGGGGGAGUUGAGCUUCCGGGUGGCGCUGGCGGCCGGUUCGUGGGGGUCCGCUAGGCGCCGGGUCGGUGAGUGCGGCCGGGGGGGUGGCGCAAGGGCCAGGCCGGCGCCUCUGCAGGGUCGCUGUGGGCAGCAAAGGCAGCCCCUGGAUGGCUGGGCGGGGCAUGGGCGACGGCUCUGUCCCUUGGUACCCCGCUUGGGCUAUUUGGAGCAUGUGAAACAACCCCGGGAACUUGGGUUCCAGUAUGUGGUAUAUUAUGCAGAGCAUUCAGAGUAAAUAUUCUUUGUCUGAGCGCUUGAUCCGGACCAUAGCAGCCAUUCGCUCCUUCCCACAUGACAAUGUUGAAGACCUUAUCAGAAGGGGAGCGGAUGUUAACUGUAUGCAUGGCACGCUGAAGCCACUGCACUGUGCCUGCAUGGUUGCAGAUGCAGAUUGCAUCGAGCUGCUGUUGGAAAAAGGAGCGGAGGUCAAUGCCCUUGAUGGGUACAACCGGACAGCUCUCCACUACGCAGCGGAGAAGGACGAGACUUGCGUGGAGAUCCUUCUAGAAUAUGGGGCCAACCCAAAUGCCCUGGACGGUAACAAAGACACACCGCUGCACUGGGCCGCCUUUAAGAACAACGCCGAGUGCGUCCGAACGCUUUUGGAGAGCGGAGCCUUUGUCAAUGCCCUGGACUACAACGACGACACCCCCCUGAGCUGGGCAGCGAUGAAGGGCAACCUGGAGAGUGUCAGCAUCCUCCUGGAAUACGGGGCAGAAGUCCGGGUGGUCAAUUUGAAGGGGCAGACACCGAUCUCCAGGUUGGUGGCCCUGCUGGUGAGAGGACUGGGCACGGAGAAGGAAGACGCCUGCUUUGACCUCCUGCACAGAGCCGUCGGGCACUUUGAAUUGCGGAAGAACGGGGCCAUGCCCCGCGAGGUCCUGCGGGCCCAGCAGCUGUGUGCAAAGCUCACCACCCUGUGCUCCGUCCCCGGCACCUUGAAGACACUGUCGCGCUACGCCGUGCGCCACAGCCUGGGAGUCCAGUUCCUGCCGGAUGCGGUGAAGGAGCUCCCUUUGCCGGAGUCUCUGAAGGAGUAUGUCUUGCUUAAGUAAAGGGGGGGGGCGGGAUGUGAGCUUUGUGGGAUUCCAUUGCACAGAUCAGCCGGCUCCUGCGCUGCUCCUUUCCCGGCAUUUCGCACAGACCAUCGAAGCAAAUACGAAAUAGAUCCUGUAGCGCGCUCUCUCUGUAGCUUCGCCAGCAGAAGGGCUCCUUGGCCUGGCAGUGGCCGGAUUGUUUCCCUCGGCUCUUCUGCCUUCGCUCCUUCGGCGGAAGCGGUUGGAAGAUGUCCCCGGUGGCCCAGGAAGCCUCAAGCAACAGCCCUGCUGUCUAUUUCCUGCAGGCAGAUCUGCACCUCUACCCUGCAGGCAGAUCUUUGUUAGAACCUUAGUGAAGACUUCUGCCGAGACUCGUUGACAGAAAGGGGGAAGGAGGAUCGUUGUCCAGAGGGGCUUCUGAUGGACGGCAGACUGACUUACUGGGGGUGUGUGUUAAUGUCCUUACACGCAGUGAAGCCCUUGGGUGACCCUGCUUUCCCAUUUCUAGCUUUGCGAUUUGCAAGCCCCUACCCCAUUUUGCUUUGUUAGGUGGCGGGAGUUGACCUGUCCCUUUCAGGGGGAGCAAUGGCUUGAUGGAUCUGAGCGAGAAAUCCGGGGAGGUCGUGACUUUGGCCACCUUCUCUAUGUCUCUCCUGUUCACUCUGUUGGGAGGUUCCACUUAAGCAGGUGAGGGGCAGCCCUUCUGAAAGCACUACUGAAUCAUGGUGUUCACUUGGCUUUUUAAAUUUUUGGCCAGACCUAGACACAGAUUGGAUGAAGACAGCAGAACUUUGAAGCAUGACUUAAUCCUGAGGGUGCGAGAUAUUGAUUUGUGAAUGUGCUCCCUCAUUGGUAGGGGGGGUGGAGAAUGGGGAGCAAACUUCCUGCAGAUAGGAAAGUAGCAUUUUGCCCAGUUCUCUCCUUGUGCUGGUCUUCUAGCAU